AUUUCGACUCUUUCAAUUCCAGACCAUAAUCCCUUAAACUACUUUAAAGAUGCAAGUUUGAUUGCAAAAUUUCUAGGAAAAUUAUGUGUCAGUUUUAAUCCUUCAGGUAAUUUAAGGGUAUAAAUGGCUGCAUAUCACAGUAGUGUAUCUCAGUUGUUUGACAAGCAUCAACCACAGUAAUAAAAGUGUUAUAAAGUUUUUUUGGUAAUAUUUUUAAAAAUGCAAGACUCUGCAAUCUAUGCACAAGAAACCAGUGUUGGAGAGGUUGGAAAUAUAUUAACUCCACCAAGAAGUGAUUUGUCUCCUGAAAAUUGUGAAGGUCGAAAAGCAGUUUUCUCUCAACCACCCCAGUCUCAGAUGCCAUUAAUUUAUAAUAACACUCAACGUGUUCAACAGCAAAAUUUUAACGCAUACAUCGAGAAUUGUCCUUAUCAAAAUUCUUGGAAUUAUCCGAACUAUUAUGGCCAUAAUUAUUAUCCUUCCGUCCAUGGACAUUCAUCACGAUUGAUGCAACCAGCAGUUCAAAAUUACCAGCAACCACACCAUUCACAAUUAUAUGGAAACUAUAAUGGAAGUGCCAAUAUUGAAAAUCAGGGCGUCAAUGCACGUGCCCUAUCUUCACCUUCCCCUUCUGGCUGCAAAUACAAAAAAAGAAUAUCAUUCAGCGCCAAACAAAUUUCGAAGUUAGAAGAAACAUUUAAAAAUUCUGCGUAUGUAUCUACUAAAGAUAAGGCUAAUUUAGCUAGUGAACUGAAAAUGUCUGUCUGCCAAAUAAAAACGUGGUUCCAGAACAGACGUUCUAGAACAAAAAAUAAGGACAGACAAUAUUGCUACACAAAGUUAAAAAAAAAUAGCCCUAACUUUAAAGGACACCGUUUUACUCCUGAAAACGUUGGAACAGCUUCUUUGUCGGAAACCCGUUGUGAUGUGCCUUCUCCUUGUUCAAGUUUACCGGCAAAUAAUAAUUCUUUAAAAGGUAGUAUUCUUUUAUUUCCUCUCAGAAAUUCUGACAUGGAUUCUACCAUAAUUAAUUUUGACGAUACCUUAUUUGAAAAUCCUUUGAAAUCUAUCAGCAACGAAGUAGUGUCUUCUGAAGAGACUGCUGUCGUUAUGUACUCUCUUGGAGACGAUCUGCGGCUUCCGGGUUACAUAUCAAAUGAUAGUAAAGAUAUUAUUAAAGAUAAACUCAGUGAAUAUUUGAAAUUUUAAUAAAGGGUAAUUUCCUGG